GGAAUUGUAACUAUUUUUAACUCGACGAAUACAGAAUGUCGUCGAUAACAGUGUGGUAGAAAAUUGACUUUUGCAUUUCUUCAAAUUUAAUGAUGCAAACAAUUGAAAACUGGAUAUUUAUAACAAACCCAUGAAUGAAGUUUCGAAGUAAUCUUAGUUCAACAUUGUGAUUAAAGUAUUCGUAAAACACAUUGGUACACAUUGUGCAUUGUUGAAAUACUUAAGUUUUCAGUAAACGUUCCUAAGAUAAUUAUAUCAUUAUAGAUAGAAAAAAUUGUGUUUUACUUAUUAAUCCAGUACAGUGCAAAGUUUAUUAAAAAGAAUCAAAAUGAAUGAUUCUUUCUUAGAAGAUCUGGAACUAGUGCCUACUGAUGUUACAAAUGUUAGUUCUUAUCCAGUAGAUAGACAUGUAACAACAAGAAUUGCUACAUCCACUCCGUUACAACCGACGCUGCCACAUAAUGUUGACAAUUUACAUCAUAAAACUGAAAGGAAAUCAGUUACUAAAGAAUUAAAUGUACAUGAUCUGAAAAAAUUGUCAGAUCAAGAUACUAGGAAGCACCAGGUUAGAGUGAAGGUUUCUGAAAAGAGAGAAAUACCUAGUGAGAGCAAAUUGAAGCCAAUUGAGAAUAAAGUGAAAGCUGACGAUGAGGAGCCUGCAGACAAUAUUGAAACAAAGAUACAAAAGGCCAGAGUGAAAAUUCCUGGACUUAAAACUCGUUCAACAAAUCAGACUCGUCGUUCUGGAAGUUGUAAGGAAAACAAUCAGUCUUCAAAUCUGUCUAUUAAAGAAAACAGUAGACCUCAUGAUUAUUCAAAAGAAAGUGUUUCCCAAGUGGAAGUUUCUAAAGACAAAGACUGUGUUAAGAAAUUGGAGUGCAAAGAAACUGAUCCUGCUGCAUUGCUUAAUUCCAUUAAGGACAUAGUAAGCGUGCAUAUAAAACAAGAAAGUUCAAACAUUUUGAGAGUAAUGCAAGAAUUACACUUCAAUUCCCAAGCUAAUCUCAUUAAACAUCUGUUAAACCAAACAGAUGAACUAGUUAAUGAAAUGCAUCCUAGUAAAGAUUCGAAUAGAGUAAGAAGUUUGGUAGAACAAAACGAGAGAUUAAAUGAAGAAAUUGUAAAAUUACAGAAAUAUAAUGAAGAAUUGCAAAGAAAAUUAGAAGAGUUAGAAUUCUUAAAGCAAGAAAAUAUAACAUUAAAGUUAAAGUGCAAGGAGCUAUCAAAACAAUAGGAAUAGAUAUUACUAAUGUCCUAUCUCCUGCCUUAAACUUAGAUUAUAUUAACAAUAGAGCAUCCAUUCUUCCAUUCCAGUUGUUUGUUGCACAUGUCUUAACUGUUCUAUAUUUUUCAAACUGUUCUAUUAAGUAAUAAUGAGUACAUUGAAAUUACUAAAAGACUAUAUUUUUUUACUGAUAUUUUUAUGUCUGAAAGACAUUUAAAUAAUUAUAACAUGUUGUAUUGUUUAGAAGGUAUUACACUUUUUUAAUGUAUGUAUAUGAUCAGAUUCGAUCGCGUGUUGAUUUUAGGUUGUAGAUUUAUUAAAUUUAGUUUAAAGAAUUUGAAAAUCACGUUUUGUAAGAAAAUGUUUAAUAAAUCGCUUUAUGUGUGCA